AUGAGACUUGGAGAUAUGUUAUGGAAGAGACCAGAACCUGUGCUGGAAGAUUCAAAUGAUGAUAAGUGGAAGUGGUUCAAGCGUUGUUUAGGUGCAUUGGAUGGAAUUCACAUUAAGUUGAGAGUUCCUUCUAUUGACAAAGCUAGAUACCGGAAUAGGAACGGGGAGAUUACAACAAAUGUGUUAGGUGUUUGCUCACAAGACGGGUAUUUCAUAUAUGUUCUGCCUGGGUGGGAAGGAUUUGCAGCAGAUGGACGUGUUCUUCGUGACGCCAUUAGUAGGAGGAAUGGCUUGAGAGUUCCACAAGGUCAUUAUUACUUAGUUGAUGCUGGGUAUACCAAUUGCGAAGGAUUUCUUGCACCAUACAGAGGACAAAGAUAUCAUUUAAGUGAAUGGAGAGAUGGACGACAUCCUAGAAAUGCACGAGAGUACUUUAACAUGAGGCACUCUUCUGCAAGAAAUGUAAUUGAGAGGUGUUUUGGAGUUUUGAAGUUAAGAUGGGCUAUUCUAAGAAGCCCAUCGUUUUAUCCUAUUAGAACAUACAACUGA